ACAAUAAUUGAAUAAUUGAAUACCAUAACAAAUAAUAAUAACGUACGAGUACAUAUUGUAUUGUAAAGUAAGCCCAGCAUAAAGCGAUAUCCACAUAAAGCGUAUCCAAGUACCAUAUAUAGUCGUUCUUAUAUAGCCACACUCAAAUUAAUUGCAGCUGUAUGCACGACUCCUUGCAAAAAGAAGGAUCAUAAAGAUAUAUAAAGUACAUGCAUAUAUUUGUGUGCAUAUGGUCCGGCGCCCAUCAACUGUCACUGUCACGAUUACGAUAGCCGAGAGCGAAUUGUUCGAUUGAUCGAUAGCGAUAGCGAUAACGAUAGCCCUAGCUGUAACUCUGUAAACGAUAGCCUGCACCUGCGCCUGCGCCUAUGCCCAUCGCUAACCCGCUGUGUGUGUGUGUGCAUGUGUCCCGGCAUCAGUAGAGCGCCCCAGGACCUCCUGCGACUGACUGGCUGCUGCUGCGACUCCCCCCACCACCGCAACCGCCAGCGCCACCAUCGCCGCCGACUCCUCAUCAUCCCAGCCACGCCACCAUCGCUCACAUAGCCCAUCAUACUUUCAGAUGACAGUUGCGGAUCCCCCCAGACACAGAUAGUGAUACAGACACACACAGAGAUCGUUUGGUCGUUUGUUCGCUCGUCCGCCCGCUCGCCCGCUCGUUCGCUCGCUCGCUCUGUCGCUCGCACGCACCUAAAGCCAAACAGAAAUCCAACCAACAAAAGCAAACAAUCAAACAAAAAUCAACAACAACAAAAAAAAUCAAGCCAAAAACUAAAUAAUACCAAGCUAAACCAGACGCCUCAUUACCAAACAUCGAACGUUUGCGUUGUCGUUCAAAAGAGCGGCUCGAAUCGAAUCAAAUCAAAUUGAAUCAAAAGAGAAACAUAUACCAAAAGUACCAGUAGCAAAAACGCAUAAGCAAAACGUAAACGUAAACGCAAAAGCAAUCAUCAGUCACAGUCGAUAACCCAAAAAGCAGUCAACAUUCAGUUAAAAAUGGCCGAAGACGGUACCAUGGAGACAUGUCCAAGUCCUGAGAUCGGCGAUUCGCGCAAAAGGCCGCUCGAUUCCGAUCCGGAAAAUGAACAAACUAAACGCUCACAUUUCAGUUCCGGUGAGUCAGUUUGUUCUGGAAUUGAGGUUGAAAUUGAAAAUAAUAACAAUAAUCAUAUUCAUCAUGGUGAGACAACGUAUCACAUGAAAAUACUGGUGCCCGCGGUGGCCUCAGGGGCCAUCAUUGGCAAAGGAGGCGAGACGAUCGCCUCCCUGCAGAAGGACACGGGUGCUAGGGUAAAGAUGUCCAAGUCGCACGACUUCUAUCCAGGCACCACUGAACGCGUCUGCCUGAUCACUGGAUCCACGGAGGCCAUUAUGGUUGUGCUGGACUUUAUCAUGGACAAAAUCCGCGAGAAGCCCGACCUGACCACAAAAAUCAUCGAUGCCGAGUCGAAACAGACGCAGGAGCGGGACAAGCAGGUGAAGAUUCUGGUGCCCAACUCCACAGCCGGCAUGAUCAUCGGCAAGGGCGGUGCCUUCAUCAAACAGAUCAAGGAGGACAGCGGCUCCUAUGUCCAGAUCUCGCAGAAGCCCAAGGACGUUUCGCUGCAGGAGCGCUGCAUCACCAUCAUAGGCGACAAGGAGAACAACAAGAACGCCUGCAAGAUGAUCCUCUCGAAGAUCGUCGAGGAUCCGCAGUCGGGCACCUGUCUUAAUGUCUCCUACGCGGACGUCAGUGGGCCGGUGGCCAACUUCAAUCCAACCGGCUCCCCGUAUGCCACCAAUCAGAAUGCCAUCAACUCGAGCACCGCAUCGCUCAACUCGACGCUGGGCACCUCCAUCGGUGGCGGAAAUUCGGCGGCCAGUCUGCUAGUCAACGGCACCGGCAUCAACUUGUCCAUCAAUCUGGGCUCCCCCAAUCCGGCGCCCAAUCUGGCGGUUGCCAACCAACUGCUCGAGCAUAUUAAGGUUGCCAUGCGCGGCUCUGGCUACUCGGAGACCGUCACCACUGAAGUCUGCAACGCCCUUGCCGUACUGGCCAAGUACGGAGUCCUCGGCAUGGGCGUGGGCGUGCCCCACACCAACGGUGCUCACUCGACGCUGGGCAAUUUCCUGGGCGUGACGACGCUGGACCAACAGGCGGCGGCAGCCAAUGCGGCCAAUGCCAGCAAUGUGUUUGGCGCUGUCGGCCAGGUAAAUCUGGAGCAGUAUGCCGCUGCAGCAGCGGCUGCCGCAGCCGCCAGCCGGCCGACACAGUCGCAGCUGGACGCCGCCGCGGCGCAAUUCGAUCCAUUCCGCCAUCUGGGCUCCGCCACGGCGCCGGCCACGCCCGUCUCGCUGAACAACAACAGUUUCGGGCUAACGGCUGCCACGGGAGCGGCGAACAGCGCCCAGUUGGGCGGCCUCAGCAAGAGCCCCACACCCGGAGACCUGAGUUCUAAGGACUCGAAGAACGUGGAGGUGCCCGAGAUGAUCAUCGGCGCAAUUCUAGGUCCGAACGGUCGUAGUUUAGUUGAGAUUCAACAUGUUUCUGGCGCAAAUGUGCAAAUUUCCAAAAAGGGCAUAUUCGCACCUGGCACUAGAAAUCGCAUUGUAACUAUUACUGGUCAGCCGAACGCCAUUGCCAAAGCGCAGUUUCUAAUUGAGCAGAAAAUCACCGAGGAGGAGACAAAGAGGGCGCGACAAAUUCCAUUAACCACUGUUGUGAAUUAAUAUCCAAGUAAACCAAUCAAUCAACCCCAAAAAAAAAAAAACCAAUCAAACAACCAAACAAACAACCAACAAACAAGCAACACACAACAUAACACCACAGCAAAACAACACCACAGCAUACACCUAUAGGCUAUAGCAAGUUUUUCCUCUAACAAAAAUUGUUCAUUUUCUGUAAGAAGCAACACCAAAAGGAAAAACAAAAAAAAACGAAAUAAGUAAAGAAAAACAAAAAGCCAUGAAAUAUUAAAUUUAAAAACAGAAAUAAGAGAAAGGGAACUUCAGCAAUAGAAAAAAAACACCAAUUGUUAUGCGAACUGCAAAAAAAGUUAAACACUUAAUAAAUGUUAAUUAUGUAUUGCAUAUACCUCUCCCUUCCCCCAUUCACCUUUUUGGGUACACUGUUCAAGGCCCUCAAGACCCCGUGGAGAAAUGCUUUAAAGUUUAGAGAAAAAUAGAGAAAGAAGGAAAAUCGAAUGAGAAGGGAAGAGGAAAAGAAAAGGAAAAACUUGUAUAAUAAUAUGGAUUAACCCGCUCUACAAUAAAUGAUUGUUGCAUUUGUUUGUCACGAAUCGAAUCGAUAUCGAAAUCAAAGUUAACGCCCAGAUAUUUUAAUGCCAGAUCGGACACACAUGCAUACUUACAAUACAUAGAUAGAAAGAAGGCAAAACUGUUUGGGUUAUUUUGUUUGUGAUGUGUUUGUUUGCGUUGCGUGUUUUGUUUUUUGGUUUUCGGCCCCGACAAAAGCUAUAUACGACACAUAUGGGGCAUAUAUACAUAUGUAUAUGUUAUGUACACACGUUGUUGAGUCUUGUUUAUAUAUUAUCCACACACAUAUGCCCAUACAUAUAUAUAUUUACAUAUGCCACCACCACACACCCCCUUACACACAACCCAAACACACACUUACACGAUACACAUAAAUAUUAGCAUUAUGUUGAACUAAAACGAGCUGAGGAAAAGGCCAAGAAAAGCCUCUUCUUUUCCGUGUACUGAGCGAGCGUUUUCAGUGAAAACUUCAGGUGAUUCUUAACCUCGAAAUAAGGUAAAUAUUUUACUACAAAAGAAAUACAAGAAAAACUACGAGUACUACUGCUGACAGGCUAGUGAAAAAGUGUUGUUCCCCAAAAUAAACUACUGACAUAUUACGUUCUUUCGUUACCGUUUUCUGUUUUUUGUUUUCUGUUUCCUGUUUUAUCUGUUCUCUGUUGUUGCCCCUUUCCCCCCACUCUAUUCCCCCUAUUGCUUACUGCUGUAUAUAUAUACACACGAUUCCACAGCUUUAAACAGAUACAUAUAUAGUUGACGUUGAUCAUGAUAAUGUUGUUAAGUUUUAGACAGAGAGACUAUCUAUCCCAUACAAUCAAGUGGUGUUAAUGUGUUGCGCGCGCACGUGAGUCUCCCUUUGGUUAUGAUUUGUGCUCCCGAUUUGUUACUCCUUAUACAAUCAUUGUUUAAUAUAUAUAUAUAUUAUUUAUAACUAUGCGAUUUGUUAGCUGCCAGUUCGAGAACUGCACCUCUUAAUUUUUUUAUUUUUGUUUUCUAAACUUCAUAUUCUUUUUUGGUAAAUUUAGCACAUUUGUUUCUUACAUUCUUAAUCUUAAGUCGUACAUUUUCUUCACAUCACACUACUCUUUUGAUUGAAACCUUAAUUAAAAGAAGAAAAAAAAAAAAAAAAAAAGAAAACAAUCGACGUUUCUCUGUAAAAUAUUCUCAUAUGAAAGCAUUCAUUUAGGGUUUUCUUCAUGCCACAAAAAUCAGAAAUUUCACCAAACAAUUUCCCUCUCUUAAUUUUAAGUAUUGUGCAAUUAUUAAACAUAAUUUCGACAAAACAUUUCACAACUCCACAAUUUUAUGUACAUAUCUAGAAUGCAGUGUAAAGACAAAAAACCAACUUAACAUCACAUUAAAAAUGAAAAACAAAAAAUUUUCCGCCUAAUCAUACACACACACAUACACAAAGUCAAGGAAAAGUCCCCAUACCCAUCCAUACAGAGAGAGAAAUGCCUUACUUGUAAUGAAAUUUUUCUUAUUUUACUUUAUUCCUUACACAUAAUUAAGUUUAACCUUUCUUUUUGAUUAAUAAACAAAGACAAUGAUGAAACGAAAUUUCAAUAAAAUCUGAAAAAAAAACAUGCAACGUUUUUUGUGUUUAAUUUAAAUUUAAAAAAAGCGCACCUGGUGCACCACCAACCCGCUCGCCCAGCACCACCCCCUCAGCUCACCCACUAACCCAAACAGCCACAAAACGUAUCCUAAAACCAGUCUACAACAUUAUCAUGACCAAUCAACAAUCAACCAACCAACCAACCAGUCAGUCAGUCAAUCAGUCAGUCAAACCAACCAACCACUUCUUUUGAUACGCUCUCAAUAUCAAUAUCGAUUCAAUCACUGAAAACGCUCAUCAAUGUAGGGAAAUGAAGGGAUAUUCAAAUGGAUAAACAGCAAGCAAAACAGCAACCAAUCCUAAGCUAAGUCUAUGUUUAAGUUUAAAAGUUGUUCUUAUUAAUUUUUUUGCUAUUAUUGUUAAAACUUACAUACCUACAAUUGUUCUUAUUUGUGCAAUAUUUAUAUAAUACAAUUAAAAUAUGAAAUCAAACGGAUAACUAGAGGAGAUAAUUGUGACAAAACAAAAGAAAUUUUGUCUUAAAGAAUAACUAUUACCUAACUACCAUAAAUGAGGGGAAAAAUGAAACAAAAAAUUAAGGAAAAUUUGAAAGUACAGUCGUAAAUGCUAGUGUGCCUUGAAAUAUGCAUUAACAUCCAAAAAAAAAAAAAACAAAAGAAAGAAAUAUCGGAAGGGAAUAAAGAUGAUGUUGUUGUUUUAAUUGAAACUAUUAUUUUAUGGAAAACAUAAAGAAAAAAAAACCACAGCACAACGUCGAGAGAAAUGAUAAGCAAUAGAUUGUCUAAAAGUAGGAAUUAUCCAGGCAAAACAGCAGCAGCAGCAGAAAUCCACUAAAACAAGAAUCACAACAAGCAUAAUACACAGAUCCCCUUUCGUCCACCCUCCCACAAAAAAACCCAGUCAAUCAGUCAACCAAUCAACCAAUCAGUCAACCAACCAACAACCUACAAAAUUCAAACAACAAAACGACAUUUACUUUUCGUUUUUUUCUGGUCACAUCUCAAACUCAACAACGGGAGAGCAACGAACAAUCCUAUCAGAGCCACCCAGAGAAUCCGAGCACCAUAAGAACCCCAACUAACUCAGAUACAUUUCCCGACCCACUACACACACACACACAAACACGCAGAUACACACAUGCAUACGUCCCCCCAUACAUACACACAUUCGUACUAAAUAUCAGUAUCACAUGCGCGCGUGCUCACUGAGUUAUGUUUAAUGUAUGAGUUUUAUAUGAUAUAUAAACUUAUAGUAGAAGAAGAGAAUAAGGGAGAAUAACCACAAAUAUAUAUACUUAUAUUUGUACUGGAUCUGUGAUAUGUAUUUAAAGAAAAACAAAAAAACAAAGCAAAACGAAAGCAAAAAUAUAUUUAUUAAACGAAGAAGAAGUCAAAUGAAACUUGAAAUUAAUUAUGAAAUAAUUAAUUUUUUAAUGAGACAACUAAGAGAAAAGAAAAGCUUUACUUGAAAAGCAAACAAAUUCCCCGAAAAUCAAGUUCUCAAUUCAUCAACAGAAAUAUGCAUGGACACAGUUCCAAGUCGGAGGCCACACCACACCACACCCCAUACUAUAUGCAUACGUAUUCACUGCAAAAUCUUUUGCCGAUUCCAACUCCGUUUCUCAGCAAAUGUCCGAUAUAUGUACUCCGCCUAUGUUACCCCUCGUCAUCGUUUAUUGUGGGCUGUGUGUGGGCUGAGGGCGUGACGAAAGAGAGGACUGAAAUAAAAAGGGGUAAUGGGUCAGGUCAGGGAUCAAGUCAGAAGAACGGUUCCAAUCCGUUCAGAUAUCCUGUGUCCUACGCUUUCGACGUGUUUAUGCUUGUUUGGAUUUUAUUGUUUGAACACGUUUGUUAUUUGCUGUACAAAUUGAAGCUUCACGCAUCCCGCGCCAUCAUAGUUCAGGUCUGAGAAAGGACUGUGGGGAAGAUCCAUCCAAAGGGUUUUGGAUGAUUGCAUGAUUGCUUUGUGCUCACCCUUCAAUUGUUAAUGCCAAGCACCGCCCACAUCCCGCUCCCCCCAGCCACUUAUCAGACACAUUCUGCCAUUCAACCCAAUCACCAAUCUAUCGCCACUUCAACUCCAAUUUCCACUGCAAUCAUUAGAAAACAACAAAAAUAAACUUUGGAUAGACGUGUGCAUUAAAUUAAUGUUUUUUGUUCACCGAUUCAGAAAGUUUUUUAUUAAAGGCAUGAUAAUUAAUAACAAUAAGAAGAAAAGAAUAGAAAUAUGGAAAGGUAGGAGGAUAGGAAAAUAGAAGAAGGAAAGGGAAAGUAAAACAGCUGUUAUUUCAACGACGGAGUCUAUUAGUGUUAAAGUAGUACCACAUAAAAUGCAACUUUUAUUAACUAUAUACAUACAUACAGUACGUGAAUAUUUAAAGUAAUUCAAAUUUGAGAAAAACAAAAACCAAAUGGAAAGAAACAAAAUAAUACAAGAAAAAAAAAACAAAAACAAAAAAAAACAAAUACAAAAACAAUAAUGAAAAUCCGUAAUUUGCUAAAGAUACAAAAAUAUGUAAAGAGGAGUUCAAUUUAUCAAUCAAAUCUCGUAUAGUGCAUACAUACAUAUAUAUAUAUAUGGAAUCAUUAAUACAUACAUAAAGAACUUAAACGAAAGAAAAAUAAUUAAAAGAAUCGUUAAAUAUAAUUUGUUAUGCUUUGCCACCCCCACACUGUUAUUAGAACAAUUAAACAUUAACGAAUGCAUAUGCAUAUUACAUCUUAUAUAUAUAUAAAUAUACACACCUAUAUAUAGACAUACACAUACAAUAUAUAUGUAUAUGAAAAACCCAAGAGAUGAUGUUUUGAAGGUACGACAAGUACUAACUGAAUCAUAAUAUAACCUCAUUAUAGCAUUGUAUUGUAUAAAGCUAUUCGGUGGAAGACAGCUACGCAAGGGGAGGUGUGUUCAUUCAACCACAACCACAACAGAACCGAAAAGAACGGAACAGAACAUAACACAAUUCAACAUUAGUGAAAUAUUAAUAAAUAUAUAUAUAUUUAAUAUACAUAUAUAAACAUACAUGCAUACACUAAAAGUAUAAAAAGUAGUCGUUAGUGUGAUACAUAAAUUAAUAUUAAACAAUUCAAGCAAAUAAAAGCGGUUUAACGAUUGAAACUAAGCAAGUCUCAAAACCCCCCACUGGGAAUAAUCUGUUGGGCCACACUUUUCAAACAUCUCAAAGUGCUCCAGCUCCUCCACAUGGAUCCCACAUUUACGUAUAUUUAUAUCUUUUCUUUAUGUUUGUUUUCUUAGCAAUUGGGUCUGCGCACCAGAAUUGGUGGCAGCCCGAAGAAGGGUUGAAAAAUUUACAUUAGCUAUAAGGAAUGCUUCGGAUAUUGCUGUGCAAUAUCUGACUCGCUGGAAAAGUGUAUCCAUAGAUUAGAUACAAGGACGGAAUUUAGGAUAAGUCAUAACUCAUGCAAGUGCAUCACAGUCAUAGCGAAGAGAUAUACCCUCUGAGAGUCACCACUCCAUUCGAAAUGCAAUAUACACGUAUAUUCAAUGUACAAAAUAGUUAACUGACAAAUUAAACUUUGGAUCGAUCGUCAAACACAAAACAAUUAAAAUGCCAAUGUUUGUGGGUAUUUUCGAAAUUUCUUCUCAUACAAGUAGAUACUUUGUCGAAUCCAAUCCAAAAAGUAGCAUACGUGAGUACCUUAGCCAACGAGAACAAAUGUUAAAUACACAAAAAAAAACGGCCUUCACGAUUUAUUUCAGCAGCUCCCCAAAAAUCCAAUAUUUCGCUCAACGUAGGAUUUCCAAUUCUGUUAAUAUUUUAUACAAACGACUAGAUAUAACCAUAGCAGUGAGUGCGUAAAGAGGUUAGUUCGAUAUCAUUACUUUGCAAACAACUUCUUAACGUUUCUUAGGAGAAUAGUACAUGAUAAUGGAAAUAUAUGGAAAUACUAGCACCCCUCUUCACACAAAGUCAAAUUCCGUUGCACUCUCUAUAGGAAUUACGAACAGCAGCAAUACGUUUCGAUCUCUCAAUAGUUAUAUAGAAGACGACACAAUGAAGAAAUUGGCGUGGAUCGGUGGUCAUUCGGAAGCGCGAAACAUUUAGCAGAAAAAACAAACAUCAUGGAAACUCAUUCAAAAGUAAAAGUACUAAAUCUUUUAUGAUUUGACUGUGAUAAUAAUAAUGACAAAACGAGAAAGGUAGAACGGAGAUGGAGAACAAAUUAAACAAAUAUAGAGUAUAUAUAAAUGUAUAUACAAUACCCCGCGUAUAUAGGCGAAGCAAAUGUAAUAUUAACCUAGGUGCGAUACAAAUUGAAGGCUCAGGCUCCCUUAAGUAGGCAAAUCGAAUUCGGAAAUUCUUUUGCCAGAUGGUGGAGUAAACCGAAUGAGAACAUACCAUGUAUUUGCAGAGAGAGAGAGACGUGUUUUACUUAUACAUAUUAGCAAAAUAUUUAAAUAAAAUUUUAGCGAAACCAAACCCCGUUUCUGAGUGCGAAUGAAUGCCCCAAUAAACUCGAAAUAAAAACGAAAAUAAUGAAUAGAAGAACCCAGAAAUGGAAAAUGUAAAAUCCUUACUAAAUUAAAGAAAGUAAAUACAAAAGUAUAAAAGGAAAUCAACGAUAUUUAGUUAUGCUCUAUUUACAAUUUAUAAUCAAUUGAAGUUUUUUAACGAUCAAGUAGUAAAGCAAAGGAUUUUAUAAAUUUAUUCAUUUAGCAUUCGAAACAAAACCAAAUGAAAUGGAUCACACAUAGCCACGAAAUAAUGUAGGAUUUCUUUAUUUCUCAAUAUCAUUUAAAUUGACAAAAAAAAAAACGAGAUAUAGAUUUGACAAAAAGCAAAUGCGAAACACAUGGCGCAAAGAAAUAAAAAAUAGUAUAGUGAAAUCUUUAAACAAUUAAAUCAAAAGGUAUCCCAAACAAAAGAUGAUUCUUUAAAUGUAGCUCAUUCAGAUUUUAACAAAACGAAAAACAUAAUUUUUGCAACUAGACAAAAGAUAAGAAACAAACUUGUACAAUUGCGGAUAAAAAAAGAAAAAAAACGUAUGCAAAACAGUUACUCCUCUCUACAUACAUAUAUAUACAUAGCUACAUAUAUAACCCCCAAAAAUGGAUCAUACUCGAAAAAAAAAACAACCGAAUAAUACAUAACGGAUAGUGAAAGAAAAAGGAUAAAGAAAAAGAUUGCAAGAUAACUCUUUAUGGUGUUGGCCAGCAAUAAAAUGGAAAGCUAAGCUCUAGGUAGGCUGAUGAACGAUCGGUACCGAUGUUAGAUACAGUGCAGUACAUACAUGUAUAUCGAAUGUAAUGGUAUGAUAAUGUUAUGGCAUGCGUUUGGCGCAUCUGUAUGUAAUAGUAUUUAUAGUGAAAAUUUGUUGAAUACAUAUAUACACACGCAGAAACACACAAAAACACACAACAGACACCCAACCAACCGGAAACGCCAAUAAGUGCAUACGACACACACUCACACACACACACAAACACAAACACAAAC